ACGCCAAUCGCCCAUUUUGACCCUUCGCGGCUUCUGUCGUUGACCGGAAGCUGUAAAGCUAGUUUGUUUUGACUGUUGAUAGAAAGUGUGUCAACCCCGAAGUGGAGUUCAAAGCUGAGGCAUCAUGUCUGACAAAAGUGAGCUGAAGGCAGAACUGGAAAGGAAGAAGCAGCGUUUGGCACAAAUCCGAGAGGAGAAGAAAAGAAAGGAGGAGGAGCGCAAAAAGAAAGAGGCAGAACAGCUGAAAGAUGCCACCAUUCACCAUGACGACACUGACUUGGAGAAGAAGAGGCGGGAAGCUGAUGCUCUGCUACAAAGUAUUGGCAUAACAUCAGAUGUCCCUGUUGUCCACCCUCCCCUGUCUCCAACUGCCAAAUCGGCGGACACGCCAAGUGAGACAGGGAGCCAGGACUCUGAUGGACCUGUGGGACCGAGGACUCUGCAUUGGGACUCUGACCCGUCCACUCUUCAACUUCACUUUGAGUCUGAGCUGGGGCGUGGAACUCCUCGACUGGGAAUGGCCAAAGUAACUCAGGUGGACUUCCCACCACGAGAGACUGUCUCUUAUACAAAAGAGACCCAGACACCCAUCGUGACGCAGCCAAAAGAAGAUGAGGAAGAAGAGGAAGAAGUUACUCCCCCUCAGCCAGUAGUGGAGAUUCAAAUUGAAAAGCCUGACCAAAAAGAGGAGGAGGAAGUAAUCCUCCACGAGUUGACAGAGGAGGAGAAACUCCAGAUUCUGCACUCGGACGAUUUUGUGAAUUUCUUCGACCACAGCACUCGCAUCAUCGAGAGGGCUUUGUCAGAGCACGUUGACCUUUUCUUUGAUUACAGUGGCCGCGACCUGGAGGAAAAAGAGGGUGAAAUCCAGGCCGGAGCAAAACUUUCACUCAACAGACAAUUCACAGACGAGCGCUGGUCCAAGUAUCGUAUUGUCACCUGCCUCGACUGGUCCCCUCAGUAUCCCGAACUGCUGGUUGCUUCCUACAACAACAAUGUGGACGUGCCUCACGACCCAGACGGUGUGGCUUUGGUGUGGAACAUGAAGUACAAGAAGGCCACACCGGAGUAUGUCUUUCACUGUCAGUCAGCCGUUAUGUCUGCUGCAUUCGCCAAGUUCCACCCAAACGUUGUGGUUGGGGGGACAUACUCAGGCCAAAUUGUCCUGUGGGACAACAGGAGUAAUAAAAGGACCCCUGUCCAGAGGACUCCCCUGUCUGCAGCGGCACAUACGCAUCCAGUCUACUGCGUCAAUGUGGUUGGAACCCAGAAUGCCAACAACCUGAUCAGCAUCUCCACUGAUGGCAAGAUGUGCUCCUGGAGCCUGGACAUGCUCUCUCAGCCACAGGACAGCAUGGAGCUGGUGUUCAAGCAGUCCAAAGCCGUAGCCGUCACCUCCAUGUCCUUCCCUCUUGGAGACGUCAACAAUUUUGUGGUGGGCAGCGAGGACGGCUCAGUCUACACGUCGUGUCGCCACGGAAGCAAGGCGGGCAUCAGUGAGAUGUUCGAGGGUCACCACGGGCCAAUCACAGGCAUCGACUGCCACACAGCCGCCGGGCCGCUGGACUUCUCCCACCUGUUCGUCACCUCCUCUUUUGACUGGACGGUCAAACUGUGGAGCACCAAGAACAACAAGCCGCUCUACUCAUUCGAGGAUAACUCGGACUACGUGUACGAUGUCAUGUGGUCGCCCACUCACCCAGCUCUGUUUGCCUGCGUGGACGGCGUUGGACACCUGGAUCUGUGGAACCUCAACAACGACACCGAGGUCCCGACAGCCAGCGUGACGGUGGACGGGAACCCGGCCCUCAACCGGAUCCGAUGGGCUCAUUCCGGAAGAGAAAUCGCUGUGGGAGACUCUGAUGGCCAAGUUCUGGUCUAUGAAGUCGGAGAGCAAAUCGCCACGCCGCGAAAUGACGAGUGGAGCCGCUUUGUCCGCACGCUGGCCGAGAUCAACGAGAACCAAGACGACGCGGAGGAGCUGGCCUCUCAACGCCUGGCGGUCUGAAGCGGCGGCCGGGAUGCUCUUUGGGAGCAGCUGGAACCAGCAGACCACAGGUUUCUUCUUCUGCAGCCGGCUGAUAAUGUCUGCCUUCUAGAAAGGCCACACUCUAACCAGAUGCCUUAAACAUUCAACUUCAACUUCAUUCCGCCUUAAGUACAACUUCCUCCAGCCAAAUAUUUUCUUUCUUUGCAUGUUUUUAAUCACUCCUCCUUCACGUCGCUGAAGCAAUCACAGAUAUAUACAUCCUGGAAUGUAAACACUUCAUCCUUUUCACAUCUUCUGACUUGUAAUGUCCUCAUCUAUGCUGUAAACACUCAGAGAUCUAUAAAGUCAUUGAUAAUA